AUGGGUCUUGAAAUGUUCUCGCUUCACAAUAAGGUGAUGAACGGAAUGGAGGGACGAAUGCGCGAAUCGAAUAUUCGAAUUUUGAUUGGACUUGGCGUCGCUUUGGUGUAUUUGCUCAUUGGCGCCAUUGUUUUUGUGAGAAUCGAGUACCCGCUGGAAAAGAUUGAACGAGAAGCUUAUUGGGAAUAUCAGAAUCAAUGGCGCGAGCGGCUCAUUCAACUCAACAUUGACGAGACUGAAAUUGACAAAUUGUUCUCGAAUAUUCGUGACGCGGCGAGGAAUGGAAUUUGGAUGGAUCGAAAUGUGACGUCGGAUCCGAAUUGGAGUUUUGGGCAGGCGUUCUUCUUUGCGGGAACCCUCAUAAGUACAGUAGGUUACGGUAGGGUCUCGCCGCGAACCGAACACGGAAAAUUGUUCACAAUCAUUUAUUGCAUUAUUGGAAUCCCGCUGACGUUGGCGCUUCUCUCGGCGAUCGUCGCCCGAAUGCGUGAGCCGUCGAAUAAAUUACGUGGAGUUUUGAAUCGAAAAUUCGGCCAUUUGUUCACAUUGAGCCAUAUUCAGAUCAUCCAUGUUGGAAUUGUGCUCGCCGCGCUUCUCAUUUUCGUGUUCGCCAUCCCUGCGUGGAUAUUCUCGUCGAUUGAAGAUGAUUGGACGUACCUUGACGCGUUCUAUUAUUGCUUCGUCUCGCUAACCACCAUCGGAUUAGGCGAUUACGAGCCUGGCGACAAUCCGGAUCAGCCAUUGCGCGGCUUCUACAAGAUCAUGGCUACCGUAUACCUGAUGGGCGGCUUAUGCUGCAUGAUGUUGUUCUUGGCGACGCUUUACGAUGUGCCGCAGUUCAAUUUGACAUCGUUUUUUGUGAAGACGGAUGAGGAGAUGAGGAUAAACGAUGAUGAUGGUAAAUAUUCGCACUUGGACGCGAAUAAUACAGUUGUCGAGAAUGGAUUUUACGGAACUGUUCAAUAA